CUCAUCCACGAAUCCAAACCCACUCCUUUCUCUUUCCCUUGUAUUCUUCUCCUCUUUCGUUUCUCGUGGAUCACCGCAAAAGGGGAGGAGCAAAAAGAUGGUGUGCAUGGUAUCUCGACAGGGCCGGCAGCUGCAGCGCUACAGCAAGGCCGGAAGCCGCAUCGUGGUCGGGUGCAUUCCUUACAAGUUCAACCGCGGCUACGAUGAUGUCGGUACGUCGAUGGAGGUUCUCGUCGUCAGUUCUCCCAAAGGGAACGGGCUGCUUUUCCCAAAGGGUGGUUGGGAGACCGAUGAGACCAUAGAACAGGCAGCCUUGAGGGAGGCAUUGGAGGAGGCAGGAGUGCAGGGGAACGUUGAGGGUAAGCUCGGGAAAUGGAGGUAUAAGAGCAGGACCUACGAUGCGUACCAUGAGGGCAUCAUGUUCCCCAUGAACGUGACGCAGGAGCUGGGUGACUGGCCGGAGAUGCACCUGCGAGAACGCAAAUGGGUCACGGUCGCAGAGGCCAAGGAAGGUUGCCAGCAUCCAUGGAUGAAGGAAGCUUUGGAGAGAUUGGUGAGACGGGUGUCGAGCUCAAGAAGGAACAGUGCUGCACCAGCCUCUUAGAAUUCUUUUGACCUGUUGCAUUUUGCAUGUAGAUACAUAGUCACAAUGUUGAACUCUCAUGCAAUCAGAUGACUGAUAGUUUGGCAGAGUUCGAUCAUUCUUUAAUUCCUUCUACCCCAAUAAUUUCAUCCUUGUCAAGGAAAUAAAUCAAAGCUAGUAUUCUUUUUUGCCUUUUGGGUUA